AUGGCUCUCAUUACGCUGCCACCGGAGCUCAAGCUAAACAUAGCUGACAGCUUGGACCCGGACUCGACUCUCAAUUUCGCCCUUACCUGCAAAGACCAUGCGACACUACUCAAAUCCUUGUUAAGACAGCAUGCACGACUACUUGCGAAAUGGAAGGUCAUCGACACGACCGAUGCUCGCACGCUUCUUUGGGAGACCUUGAGAGACGUAAUAGCAAACCCUCGACUAGGGUGGUACAUCAGGGAACUUAACCUUCCACCAAGCCGGCAAUACAAUUGGAAUGCGAACGAGAGUUUGCAUGUUUCCCACCCAAAGCACGGCGUGGUGCCAUCCGAAGAAGACAAGGCCUUGUUCAUUGAGGCAGCAAGGGGGCUGCAAGAUCUGUAUCCGGGGUUCGGCGAAGAUGAAUUGAAUCUGCAGAGACGAUACUCUUAUACCCUCAAUUUUUCACCUCGGCCGUACGACACGAUGGGAUCUAUCGAAGAUCGAAUUCACGCCGGCUUUGAGGACGCCAUAAUCGCGAUCCUUCUGCACUAUCUACCUUAUCUCACGACCAUCAGCCAUUCAGAAGUCGGCAUGGAAGACUGUCUGGAACUUGUUCUAUGGCAGAUCGCGUUAGGAUACAAGGACCCGGUCAUGGCACCAAAGCUUCCCCUACAACGUCUCAAGACGGUCGCCGUGCGUUCCCCCCGGGACGAAGGAAGCAGCUCUCCUGAUUGGGCGUGUUUCUAUCUCAGUAUCCCUUCGGUAAAGACGUUUGUAGGGCAAGCAAUUGGUGGUUCGCCUAGCGAGGACGUCCUACGCACUUUGUUCCCCACAGGUGCUGCUCCGUGCUCUAACGUAGAAGAGCUAUUCUUCAGACAUUGUGUCUUCGAUGUGGACGGCCUAGCAACCAUACUCGCGAACAUUCGGCAUCUGAAGAAGCUAACAUACGACGGUGGUGAUGCUCUGGUGUCCGAAUCGAGCUGCUACGAACCAAAAAAAGUUAUUCGAGCAGUUGCUACACACGCCGGCCGCUCGUUGGAAGUCCUCAUGCUCAGCGAAGAGUACACAGAUAUUGAACCCCCCGAGGAUGGCCCAGCGUUUGUUUCUCUCCGAGAGUGCCAGAAGCUCCGUGUACUUCACUGUCCCUGGCGCAUGCUUCGCCCCGACAUGGCAAAAGAGGAAGACCCUGAACGCGAUGAGCCGCUAGAGCAAGGCUAUUACCGAAAGGAGGAUUACGAACAGAUCGAUGUCGACUUCGACGCAAGGAGCCUUCUCCCAGAGUCCUUAGAAGAGCUUUUUCUGAACGGCGAUUUCGACUGUUUCCACGACUUUGAGGAAUGGGAGGCCAUGGAGAAUACCUUCAAGGUCUCGAGCGCCUUCACGCCACGCCUGACUAUGGAGAAGACCUGUAUCAAGAGAGGAGGUGACGACACCGCAAUGGCUUCCCGAACCGUCCAUACAAUCGGAGGCCGCUACAAAAGCAUCAAAGCUGUGGAAGAUGCGCCAUUCGCAGAGUUCAUCUCAGUGAGAGAGACCGGGCUCAAAUUCAACGUCGUCCACCCAAUCCCGGUCGCGUAUCUGCGUGACUUGAACUCUCGUGAACGCGCUGCGGUCCACAAACAUGUCACUGCCGAGCUGUUUAGUAACAGCUAUAAAGACGUCGAAUUUGUUGAAGCGGUAGAAGAAACCUUGGGUUUGUUGGAGACGGUCCAACAGGAUAUGGAUCAUGAUCGCUCGACCACUGCGGACCUAACGACCACGGAUACGACCAGCAACCGGACUUACCACACGGCAAGAGAGCAUCAGGAGUCCCGGGGCAAACAUUCCUCCAUGCAUGUGGAGGCUGACACCAAUGUCAUGAGCGGCUCAAGGUCAGGCGCCCUUGGGUGUAGCCGGAAUAUAAAUAAAUGGAAGAGUACCGUACCCCCUGGCUACCCUCCACCCCCGGUUAGUACGCCAAGCUCAGUCUUUCAGUCUGAGAGUCGUAGUGGAUCGCGAUCAUCUAGCUCCAGCAAGAUGCGAAAGCCAAGCAGACACACCGACUUCCUCAAGGACGCAAAGCUCGACGAGAAGACACGCGUUUUAGUCGUGGAGCACAGCGCUGCAAGCCGCGAACUGGCGCUUCAGGAAGAGCAUCUUGCCAGUCUCGAGUCGCUUGCUUUGACCGUCACCAGCUCAGCUGCGCGGCGCGAUCUAUACGGCGCCAUUCGGAAAGCUCGCAGUGCAGUCGAGAAGGUGCGCGUCCUCGAACGCAAGUGCAAGGGCGCCUUGUCUGACUCCCGCGCGCUCGUAGUGGAUGCUCUGGAGCUCGCUGAUGAUCUGUGGGAGACGUCAGAAGCUGAUGUGGAAGACGCAUCAACCAUUUCUUCGCCAACCACGUGGAGCAUAUCCACUGCACCAUCGGAACCUGAGUCUUUUGUGCCGGCCCGCUUUCCCUCUGCCUCGGAAGUUGUCUCACUGAGGCAGGAACUGCAAAAGAUCGACGACGAUCUUUCCGAAUCGAUGAGGACUUUGAACGGGGUCAUCACUCAACCACGUUACCGAGAGGGCGUGAUCGAAAGCAUCGACCGCGCACGGGCAUGCCUCGACAAAGUUCACAUCAGGGGAGAGCGCUACUCAGGCCUAGACGACGAAAAGAUACGCAAAUUCGGAUUUGCAACGCUUGCUAUCGCGCGGACAAGGCAUGAGAAAGCUAUGCGCGUUCUCGAUGUAGCCAAGCAAGAGCAAUUGCGACUGGACGGCCCUACGCAAGCAAAAAGUAGUGGAAAAACGCGCGAAACCGAGCGCCAAAAGCCAUCGCGAGUGGAAGAAGAGUUCGAUCGGAUGGUCCAUCGUUUCUCGCAAUUUGAGUGCGGGGACUCCGAGGAGCUUCUGCGUCAGCAACAAGAGGUUCUUCAACAGGUUGCUAACUACCGUGCCGCUGAGGCGUACAACAGACGCCGUCAAAUGGGUCAAAGUUUACCCAACCUCUCCGACAGCAACAAGAUGGCUUCUCACAACCGCACAAUUCACACCAUUUACGGGCAAUACCGUACUGCAGCGGCUGUCAGUAGGGCAGCUAAUGCCGAUUACAUCCCGUUGAACGGCGAUCGUAACAUCAAUGCCGUACAUCCAAUUCCAAUUGACUGGCUGGACGAAGAGCUACUGUCGAGCGAGCGCGAUCAAGUUCGGGAACAUGUUGCCUCUCUACUGAGUAGUCAGCGUCGCCCAGUUCCCAGUUUCGUCGAGGCUUUACAGGGUACCAUGGAGAAUCUGAACACCAUCAGAAAUAGGGGUACAGCUAGUCGCCGCAUUCCUGCGCGCCGAUCUGGAGGCGAGGAAAUCGAUCGUCUGGCGAACGACUUCGACACUUUGACCAUGGGACAAGCCCAUGGCAUCAACUCACCGUCACGUAACGUGCGAUUUGCAGAGACGUCCACAGCCGUCCUCGCCGACUCCUCGAAGUAUUAUGCGCUCGCCCGGACAUUCUCGUGCGAACUCAGCCGAAGCGAUCCUCAGCCAUGGGGCAUUACCUCCACGCGAUGCUCAAGUGCCCUCGCCCACCGACGGCUACAGUGA